CGGAUAUCAAUCAGUAGUGAAGAAGGCUAUAAAACAAUAAGAACGAAGAAACUCUCUUCACCACCUUUUCGUACUACUCGCGUUGUCCUUUCUUCGUCGAGGUUCGAGUAUAGGAGGUAGUUCUUCGACCAAUGAUUUUCAUUAUGUGAGCAACCUUAUCAAAUUACAUUCGGUAGUCCUUUUUUGCCGCCGUGCCGCCGUUUUUACCAAUUUACGAUUUUGUUAAUUGACAAAUUUCGAUCGUGGAGAGAGUGUUCUUUCUAUCAACUCGAAUAUUUUCAUGUUUUAUUCGUAGUUAUUAUUUUUCGCGGGAUAAACACCGAAAAUGGUUGAUUUCGAGUAAUUUCCAGUCCAAACUUGAUUCGUAAUGGAAAUUCGAACAAAACUGAAAAAUAAAUUAAAAUGAACGACAAUAAUCGUAGAUACAGAGACAUUAAUUGGAACACGUCAUGGAAUUAUUGCAACAACAACAACAACAACAACAACAACAAUAAUAAUAAUAAUAAUAAUAAUAAUUUAUCGGCCAUAAACAACAAUAUUUUACUCUCAGUCAACGAGCAAAGUGAAAUAAUUCGAUUCUACGAUGAAGAAAAAGUUCUCAUCACUGGAGGUACUGGAUUCAUCGGUAAAGCUUUGACUGAAAAAUUGCUCAGAACUUGCGUCACCGUAUCCACCAUAUAUUUAUUAAUAAGGCCGAAGAAAGGUCAAAGCUGCGAAGAAAGAUGUAAUGAUUUGCUACAAAAUCCUGUCUUUGAUCGUAUUCGAGCCGAAGAAUGUUACAAAAAAAUACUUUCAAAGGUCGUUUGCAUCGCUGGAGAUGUAACAGAACCAGAUUUAGGAAUAUCCGAAGAAAAUAAAAAUAAGCUUUUGCAAGAAGUGACGAUAGUUUUUCAUUCCGCAGCUACCGUCAAGUUCAAUGAAAGUUUGGAUACUGCCGUAACGCUCAAUACAUUAGGCACUCAAAGGGUGUUACUGUUUUGUAAACAAAUGAAAAAUUUAAAAGCUUUAAUUCAUGUUUCUACCGCUUACUCGAAUGCUGACAAAGAAGAAAUUUUAGAAACAGUUUAUCCAAUUCCAGCGAAUAUUUUUGGUGAAAUUAAACCUAACGAAAUGUUAUCAGAAGAAUUACUAAAAAAAAUUGGCCGUAAAUUACAAAGAAAACAUCCCAAUACUUACACAGUUACCAAAGCUAUGGCUGAAUGGGUCGUUGCAGAAUAUUCAGAUGAUAUCGCCGUUGCCAUUGUUAGGCCAAGUAUAGUGACAGCUGCUUGGCGAGAACCGUUCGAAGGAUGGGUCGACAACGUCAGCGGUAUUACUGGUAUAUUGAUGGAAAUUGGCCGAGGAACUAUACGCAGUAUUCUAGGUGAUCAACGAUUAGUUGUGGACAUAAUACCAGUAGACUUUGUAAUAAAUACUUUAGUCUCUGCUGCCUGGCAUACUGCUACUUUCAGGACAAAUGCGAUAAAAGUUUACAACUGUACGUCAGGUACAUUGAAUCCUCUAAGUUGGGAAGAACUAGGUGCUUUGACUCAACGCCAUUCGUUAACGGCGCCAUCAAAAUAUAUCCAGUGGUAUCCAGGAUUCACAUAUCAUACAAAUCGUUUCAUACAUUUACUCAGUGAAAUGAUGUUUCAAUUUUUUCCUGCUUUCUUAUUGGAUGCAGUUUUACGCUUAAGUGGGUCUAAACCGAUGAUGUUGAAAAUUUACCAUAGAUCUAAAUUAGCUGCCAAAAUGGGCGAAUUUUUUUCUCUCCAUCAAUGGAAUUUCGCCAAUGAAAAUGUGAAAAUUCUUCAAAAUGAAAUGCUCAGCGUUAUAGAUCAAGAUAUUUUCAACGUCGAUAUCUCAACUUUAAACUGGGAUGUGUAUAUUAAAAACUAUGUCCUUGGUGUUCGUAAAUACGUGCUCAAAGAUCCUGUAGAAACAAUACCAAGUGCCAAGAAAAAAUUACAAAGAUUGUACUGGGCGCAUAAAAUUUUGCAAAUCAUGACAGGAAUUGUUCUUCUGAAACUUCUAAGAAAUUAAUUUUUUAAUUUCACUAUGAUUUUCAAUACAUACUGUUACAGAGGUAUUUGUAAUUAUUUUUAUUUAUUUUACGUAUCUAACCAAUACGAAAAAUGAAAAUUAAUUUAGAAUCAAAAUUCAUUUAAAUGCUCACUUAUACGUGUAAGUAUUGUAAUAAUUCACCUGUUGCAUUUACAAAUAA